AUGGACGUCAAGCAGCGCGGUCUAUUGAGCGGCAUGUACGCCGGUGUGGGCGUUGCCUUUGCUGCGUCAGCCUAUUUCAAUUUGUUGUCCAAGGGAGCGUGCGCUGCCUUUCUCUCUCUUGUAUGGCUGGGCUUUGUCCUCGCCAUCUCGUGCACCGAGUCGUGGCUCAAGUUUUGCGCGCAAUUUGUGCCACAUCACUUAGCCCUGGAUCUGGGCCGUACCAUGUUUGCAGCUCUUAACUCUGUAGAGAUCGGUAUCGCUGUUGGGCUCUGGGUACUGCACUUCCUGGUGUCGUCCACCUCAGACGACGCCGUGUGGCGUCUCGUCAUCGUCACGUUUCUUGUGGUGGUGCAGACCACGUGGCUCUAUCCGAAGCUGGAGCUCACGGUUGAGUUUGCACUCUACGAAGAGCUUAAGGAGCUGGAUGAUGACAAGUUGUCGUUUAACCAGAAGAUGCAGUUUGGAGAGAUGCGUCACAAGGUUCAGAUCCAGAGCAAACCGGCCAAGAUCUAUCACAUCCUGUACAUGGGGGCCGAGUUCGUCAAGAUCCUUACGCUCGCCAGCUUCGCCCUGCACUUCCUCAAGGCCAUUCCAAUGUAA